AUGGCAUUUUCAUUCUCAUUUUCUCUUGAUCUAAACCUAGCUCCGCCAACACAUACAUGGGGGCAAAAGGCUGCACCAGUGUGGAUGCCUUAUUUUGUUUCCACACGAGGACUAAUUACCGUAAACGACUCAUUACUCCUUGACAACGAUGUUGUCAUUGGAGUUGCAAUGAGUUUGGUGACUCCCAGGAAUGUGCGCGUGUUGGGAAUAUGGGAUGAUAACCGGGUGGUAAGUGAUGUCAUAACACUAAGCGUGCAAAGUGCGGCGUCAUUCGCAAAAAACAGAGGAGGACUGACCCAUCCAAUCCAGUCCGCCCGAUUCAAUUCCUCCAUUGAGAGGUUAAAUCCGCAAGGCAUCGAUUCUGGCUUCGAAGAUUGCUACAUGAACAAGAGGCAGAGAAGCAUCACCGACCGCACUUCCCGCGAAGCCGCCGCAAUUUCCUCCUCCCACGACCCUUCCUCCAGCCACUACUCCUCCGAAGGCGGAAGCACGGAGGAGGAAGAGGGCAUGUUCACAAGGAGCUUGUGCCUUUCCUACGGCUCCAUCUCCGUCAUGGGACGGCGGAGAAACAUGAAAGACGCCGUCUCCCUAGCGAAAGUAGAUUCGUACCAGUUCUUCGCCGUGUACGACGGCCACGGUGGCUCCUCCGUCUCCAACGCCUGCCGCGACCGCCUGCACCACCUCCUGGAGCAGGAGGUGGAGCAAUGGAAACUCGGCGGCAAGGGAGCGGUCGAUUGGGAGAAGGUCAUGACCGCGUGCUUUACCAAAAUGGACGAGGAGGUCGGCGGCGAAUCCGGCAGUACCCCCGCCGACGACGAUACGGACACAAAUUGGGGGAACACGGUGGGGUCCAGCGCGGUGGUGGUGAUGGUGGGGCAAAAUGAGGUCGUCGUGGCCAAUUCCGGAAACUCACGUGCCGUCCUCUGCCGUGACGGCGUCGCUACUCCCCUGUCACGUGACCACAAGCCGGACCUCCCCGACGAGCGGGAGCGGGUGGAGGCGGCGGGCGGGAGAGUGAUCAAUUGGAACGGCUACCGCGUUCUGGGAGUUCUGGCGACGUCGCGGUCGAUCGGCGACCACUACUUGAAGCCGUACGUCAUAUCGGAGCCGGAGGUGACGAUCAGCGAGAGGACGGAAUGCUGCGAUUUUCUGGUGAUCGCGAGCGACGGACUUUGGGAUGUCGUAACGAAUGAGUGCGCGUGCCAGGUGGUGAGGAGGUGCCUGGAUGCGCAGACGAAGAGGCAGUUGUCGGAGGAGAUGAGCGGCUCGAGCUCGGCGCCGGCUAAUGCAGCGGCGCUGCUGGCGCAGCUGGCUUUGGCGCGAGGCAGUAAAGAUAAUAUUACUAUUAUCGUAGCUGAGCUUGGUUGAGUUAAAUUUUACAUCUACGGACUCAUUUUUAUAAAUUUAUGUUUUUUGGGGUCUAGUUUUGUUUUUUUAAUUUGAUAUUUCAUACUGUUUUUGUAGCAUGCACUAAGCUCAAGUUUUGAAAAUUUGCGGUUUUUGUCACGUUUGUAUACGUUUAAGGUUCAAAAUCCAUUUUUGUUUGCUUAGUC